UGCAAGUGAUGAAAACAGAGAGUAGUUGAAGAAGUAACAACAUACAAUACAGGCGUUGGAAUGAACCCGCAAUCUACACCUCCACCGUCGGGGAAGCGCAACAAGACAGUCGCAUGUUUGCAAUGUCGCGAGCGAAAGGUUCGUUGCUCAGGCACCUGUCCCUGCGCUAAUUGUACGCGUCGCUCGACAGACUGCGUGUUUGAGCAGGAGGAUCGCAAGGUUGUCGUAUCCGAGAACUUGCUCAAUGAUCUGAAGCGAAAGGCAGAGGAUUGGGAUGAGGCGCAAAAACAGAAGAAGAACAAAACUGCUGCGGAUACCAGUACAAAUGUAACGGCUACAGCACCCGGCCGAAGAACGAAUGCUGACGAUGGCCUACCACAAAUGACCAAUCCUCUACUGACACCGUCGUCUAAGUUUGUCGUAGACCAUCAAGGCAGGAAACGCUUUCUAGGCCCUUCGUCUACAUGGGCGUAUAGUCAUCAUGUAAUGGGCAUGAUACGAGAGUAUGUGGGCCAUGAACUCUCACCCGAGGUUCCACUGAAUCACGAUGGUGUUGCUUUCAACAUCGAGCUACCAAGUAUGAAACAGACUGAUCUUGUUGUCAACAUCGAAGGUCUGCCUUCCCUGGACUAUGCCCUUUAUCUCACCAACACGGUCAAGUUUCACAUCGUCCAAACUUACCACCUAUUCGACGAGCAAAAGUUCAUGCCAGCUCUUCAUUCAUUAUACAGUGAUGGCCCACCACUGGUGACCGCCAGGAACAGGAUGUGGUAUGUCCAGUACUUCCUCAUCAUGGCUCUGGGGAAGGGACUGCUCACCCGCGGUAUGUCCAAGGCUGGUUCACCGGGGAGUGAGUACUUCAUGAAAGCCAUGGAGCUAUUCCCAGAUACAUACGGACUGUACAUAGAUCCAAUUCUGUCGAUCGAAGUAUGCUGCGGUCUUGCUUUAUAUCUCCAAGCUGUCGAUCACCGCAACAGCGCGUACGUCUAUCUUGGAAUGGGUCUUAGGAUAGCGCUUAGCCAAGGUCUACACCGUGAUAUUGCUGGAGAAUCCGCCGACGAUCCUGAAGUUAGGCGAUAUCGCAAUGCAUGGUGGACACUCUACAUCCUCGAUCGCAAAUUCUCAUCCUUGAUGGGCGCUCCAAGUUCUGUCCAAGACAGCGAUAUAUCUGUGCCGAUCCCAGGAGAUCAGACAACGCCUCGAAGAUCAAGCUCAUUGGAGAUGCAUAUCAAGCUAUCAAGGCUCAAGACCAAAGUACUAAAUACUAUAUACGGAAUCGACGGGAAAUUAGACGUCUCGUUCCCGAAAAACACCAUGACCAUUUUGAGGGAACUCGCUGCGCUUGGAGUUGAGCUAAACUCAGCGCCUGAUCUGAAGCUGGACAACCAAAGUCCACUAUCACGCGUCUCUGCAACCUUGAAUCUAUGCUACCAUCAGUGCAUAGUUCUUGCUACAAGGCCGCUUCUCAUGUGUAUUCUCAGAGACAAGCUGGAAAUGAGCAGGCAUGAUAACAAUACCAACUGCGAGAUUGUUGAGCCUGUCAAAGCUCUAGUUAGAACCUGUUACGACUCAGCCCAUAAAUCACUUCGUAUCUUGACAACACUUCAGUCACAGGAUCUUCUUGAACUCUUUCUCCCCUUUGAUCUCGACCAUGCAUUUUCAGAUGGCUUCGUCCUGGCACUUAUAUCCGCCAUCCAACCCUUCCCAGACUCAGCCAGCGAGUCUUCCUUUGAGCUAACAAGGAAUAUUCUUGACGCUUUGAUCGCAGGUGGAAAUCUCCCUGCACGGUUUCGGCGCCAGGAACUUGAGCGUCUGCAUGAUAUGUUGCACCUGAUUGAACAGCGAGAUAUCGUGCCUCAUCUUCAAGGUCAAGAUAACGACUGCAUUUCUGUUCUGGGAGAGCAGGGAAUAUCGCCGAACCAGAUACUCAAUGUUGCUAGUUUGCUUGAUGGGCAUACGAAUAUUGGUGCGGAUCUUGAUGAUGUCAAUGGUUGGUUAUGGGAGGUCACUGGCUUUGAGGGGCUCCCUCCCGUUUGAACAUGUCUGGCAGAGGUUGAGAUGAUUUACAGGGUGUUUGUAGC